AUGGCCGCUUUCGCCAGCAAGCGCCAGCAGGCGCGCAACGAGCGUGCUCUCCAGGAUCUCAUUAAAAAUGUGCCCGGGAACGACAGGUGCGCCGACUGCGCCGCACGGAAUCCAGGAUGGGCCAGUUGGAGCUUGGGCAUCUUCCUCUGUAUGCGAUGCGCGGCCCUGCAUCGCAAGCUGGGCACUCACAUCUCAAAGGUCAAGUCUUUGAGCAUGGACAAGUGGGAUAACGAGCAAGUCGAUAACAUGAAACGAAUGGGCAACACGGAAUCGAAUCGCCUCUUCAACCCCCGAAACGUCCAGCCGAACAUUCCGAUUGACGCCGAUGAGGUGGAUGGCGCGUUGGAACGAUUUAUACGACAGAAAUAUGAGCACAAGGCCUUCACAACAGACUCGAGGCCAGGGACACGGCAAAAUACUGGCAGCACAAGCUCAGUUGAGGACCGGCCACCUCCGUUACCCCCGAAGCCUGGAAAGAGAUUCGGCUUUGGCUUGAGGGCAUCUUCAUCCACGUUCCCGUCAUCUCGAAAUGUAACGCCGCCUAUUUCUCCCCGCCUUGGGGGAUUCGCUGAGGAAUCACCCCCGAGGGUUAGCAAAGCGUCCCGGGUGUUUGGAUCGAAUGUGAGUGGGUCUGGAGAAGGGCUGGAGUCAAAGCUGGCUACUUUACGUGACAUGGGAUUCCCUGAUGACAGACGGAACACAACAGUGCUGAAAGGCUUAAAUGGGAACCUGGACAAGGCCGUGGAGGCCCUCAUCAGGCUAGGAGAAGGAGGCUCAUCGACAGCGCGAAGCGGAGCUCCAGCUCCACCAGAGAAACCAUCUGCUAGUGGCAUUACGAUAGAUCGAACCAGACCAGCUGCAGCAACGGCUCAGCCGACCAAUCCAUUCGAUCAGUUGGAUAACGAGCCGCGAAACCAACAACAGGCAUUGCCGCCAGUCCCCCAACUUCAGACAGAACAGCAUACAAACACUGCCACGUCGUACUCGCAUCCAGCGUCGCCCUCGAAUCCAUACAAUCCUUUUCUGCCCCAACCCCAGCAAUCAUUAUACAGCCAACAAUCUCUGGAGCAAUCCUUCAAGACUAUGCAGCUGUCACAACAAGCACCACCGCAGCAGCCUCAGCAACCGUUAUUCCCAAACAGGACUGGGGGAUUCGACAACCAAAGCCAGCUACCGCAGCAAACUAAUCCCUUCCAGCAUUCCUUCACCCCUCCUCCUGUACCGCAGAUUCCACCUCAAUAUAACGCUUUCUUCCAACAGCAACCACCCCAGCAACAGUUUUCACAUCCUCAGACUACUCAGUCUACCGGUGCAGCUGGAAACCCCUUCUUAAGGUCAUCACGAUCUCAAGUCUUUACACCUACAAAUCCAUUUGAGCAACAGCAACACCAAAACGCUACCAUAACGCAAGGAUACCAGAACUCACAGCUGUUUUCGGUCUCGCAGGUUCAACCCGCAAAUUUCUUCCAGAAUCAGGCCCCGUCACAGCAAAUACCGCAACAGCAGCCCUUGCAACAAGAGUCCUUUCAACCAGCCCAAUACCAAAACCACCACCAACCGUUCAAUCCUAAACCGCUGCUUCAAUUUCAGCCUUCCAACCCUUAUCAACCGCAGCAUCAGUUGCAACAACAGCAGGUGCAGCUACCAUCACCAUUCCAGCACGACAAGUCCUCCAUUCUCGCCCUUUACAACUACCCCCAACUUGCGCCGAUUCGCGCAGAUCCCAUUCCUUCACAAGUGGCUUCCACCGAUCUGCCUGCACCACCACAAGGACUGAAGCAGCGCAGUGUCACAAUGCCGGUUACGUCCCCCGCAGCCCCUACUGGCCCAACGCCUGGCAGCAUGAAUCCUUUCGCCCCCAUGCAGGGUCAAUCGCAUGCACAAACUGCCUCGCCGGCAGCUGGAAUUCCCGGCAAUCCUGGCACGCCGCGGCAUGUGAGUAACGAGAGCGUGGAUUUUGCUGGACUCAUGGGAGGGAGGCAUAGCCCAGAUGCGUUUUCGGGACUUAGUGCUAGAUUCGUGCGCUGAAGACGGCGCCCGCGCAAUUCGGGUUCUGAUCUCGAAAUUUGCAAUUCACUACUUCGGUCUCGAAAAGAAACUAAUCUGCCGCGGGUCUUGAUGGUGAUGUUCGUGAAUUGCUCGACAGUUAGUUGGAAAUGCACAUUCUUAAGUUGGAGGCCUGCGAAGAGAAAGAUCUCUGUAUUGCACGGUUCUGGCGUGAUGGAUAAUGAGUGAGUUUGUGGUAUCUGGCGAGGGGGGGUUUAAUGGAUUGUGUAGAGCUCGUCGCCAGGGACGAUGUAUCAGGAGGAUGUAUUCGGUAUAUAAUUUCCCUAAAUCUACAUACAUCCUAGAAGCUCGUCGCCAUUGCAUGACAGUCAUUAUGCGUGUGGUCCGGG